GGUGGCCGCUCGGCCUGGGAUGGACAGUCCGUGCCGAAAAGUCAACGCGACAUGGCCGUAGCGCCAAGCAAACUGCUAGAGAGGCCCCUGAAUCGCUUGCAUUGCUGCGUCCUGCACAGCCGUCCAGGACAGAGCUGCACGCAUGCCCUGCUCUGGAAUAUCUACCGCAAUCAUGUGUCCAGUGCGAAAUACUACUCGCCCUUGUUGCUGCUGCCAUUGCUCUUCAAGUGGCGCAAACUCUCCAAGGGAACGCUCAAGGCCAUAGUGAGGAACUAUGUGCAGUCCGUCAGCUUUGCCGCCUGCAUCAAUGCGUUCACAUUCUACUUCAUGUGCCUGGCUCGGCGGCUCAACGGUCGCUUCGUGUUCAUCUGUACGCCGUAUCUGUCCUGUUGGCUGGCCUCCCAGCUCAGCUGGUGGAUGCCACCUCAGGUGCUGCUCUACUUUGUGACUGGCAUUACACAUGCGGCCUUGGAGAGCCUGCUGCGACAGCUGGACAUCGGUCUGGUGCAUUCGCGUUGGGGCCAGACGCUGGUAUUCAUGCUGAGCUCCCUGGCGGUGCUGCACUAUCAGCAGGCGCGCAAGUAUUCGGGCUUCUGGUUCAUCAAGCCAACCCCUUUGCCGGAGGACUACACCAAAUGGCCGGUGGCCAGGCGCCUCAGGCAGCGUCUAGCACAACUGGGAACCUAUCUGGGCAUUGGUCUAGCUUUGGACUUGGGCCACGCCCUGAUGCGGCGAAAUCUGAUGCGCCUGCGACUGCACACAACGCGAUUCUUGGUCAGCUACAUGGGUCUCUUUCAAUUGAUGCAGUGGCUAAUGCUCAAAAUGAGGCUGAAGCUGAGGCCGGCAAACGCAGUGGCGGCAUUUGUCAGUGGCGCAUCCUUUGCGCUGCUCAAUCGCCUGACCUUCAUGAGCUUUGCCGCCGUCACAGCCACCCAGGUGAUCUGGCAGCAGUUGUGCACCCGUGACCCAGGCAGAGACAAGCUGCAGCGGAUACCCUGGGCCAAGCUGCUGAUGCCCUGCAGUCUGGCCUACUUGGUGCACAUUUUCUUCUUCCACCAACAUUUACUCAACGGACUGGCCAAGAAUUUUAUUGACUGCACCUGCGACCAAAAUGGACAACGCUUGCUGAACCUGAUGAAGCUGCCCAAUGAAAAUGUUAUACUGACGACGGUGAGCAGGUCACCAAGAACAUCGUUUUGGUUUUAGCCCUUGGUACUGGAAAGUUAUUAGACCAGAUAAACGUCGCUGCUUCCACCAGUUCGCAGAUUAUAAACUUUAUGCAUAGAUUAAACCCAAAACUUGCUUUUGGAUUUUAAUGUGACGAAAAAGCGAUACACCGGCGAUGUCUCCAGUUCGGAGAUAUCACGAAUGAGGAAUGAGAGAUGAGAAGGAGAUAUCUCCAAACAUUAAUUUCAAUAAAAUAAUUAACUUUUGGAAUUAAAAUGCCAGCUGCUGAAAGGAGUUCUU